AUGUCUUCCCCGUCAGCACCAGACCUGUGUUUGGGACAGGGCAUCUUGGAAAGCGCAGGCGUCGUCUCGCCUGGUAGCUUAAGCCUCAGAGCGUUUUGGAGCCCGGAGACCAACGCUUGUCUCAAGAAUGGAAGCUUCGCCAGCAUCACGGAGGAGGACAAGCGUCACCUUCGCAAGGCAGAUGCCGAGCGGAAGAAGGCAGAAGAGAGCCUCAGGUUAGAGGUGGUGAACCUCGAGAGAGAGAGGAGUGGCCUGGAGCAGAAACUGAGUGACAUGGAGAAGAGAUGGAAGGUGCUGCAGUUUGACCACGACAAGCUGAAGGCAGCUGGACAGGCUGAUGCCGCGAGACCGGAGGAGCGCGGACAGCGGACCAAGCGAGAUCGCAGCGUCACCUAUCAGCCUGGCGGACAAAGUGACACCUCGUCACGCCGGCAGCUCGUGCACAUCGUGGAAGUCGAUCUCCUGCAAGAGGACGGGCCACGCAUAGAGGAGAAAGAUGUGGAAGAGUCCGAUGUGAGCUCGACUACCUAA